AUGACGCCUCCAAUCGACACUACAUCAGACGGUCAUCUCCAGUAUACAACCAUGCCGGUUGAAGCCAUGGCCGUGCAACGAUCCCAACUCUCGACCUGCACGAACAAGGCGGUCCUGAUGCAGCCCGAUGCCAUACCAAGAUUCGCGGACUCCUUUCACUGCGUGCCACUUUCCCUCUUAAAUCUUAUGGCUGGCAGGCAGUCCAACGUCGCAAUAUGCAAUCCGACAGGUUAUUCCACCGAUUCUUCCUUAGAAACCUCCAACUUGGCGUCUCUCAUUCGUCCUGGCAUGACACAAGCAUGGUCCCAGAGCAUCGCGAAGGUCCUACCUAUACCCCAUCCCACUUACCCAUGCCCUCUUCCCCCUGCUACAUCGUAUACUGGUGGACCUUCUCAGAUCAACAGCUUAGUCACCACGCUCGUGGCCGGUGCUGCAAAGCUUUGCGACACCUGCGGGUGGGAGAGGCAGAGCCAGCAUAAGCUGACUGGUGUAUUUGCACGUUUAACGUUCUGUCGCACAACUGGUGCGUCUAAGAUCCGAUACCGACUCAACGUGCAGCGUAUUGCAUCGUCGCCCUUCGUCAAGAAACAAAAAGACAUGGGAUCGAAAGAAACGACGUUGAUAAGUGUGGAUCGCGGAGCUUCGCGCGCAAAGUCACGGUACUUUAACCGGCGCGUAGAUUGGCUGACUUUCGGUGUAUACUGGUGGUGUCGCAAAGCUCUGGAAGUACCAGUACAACCAAUCAGAACGGGCAGCCAUUAA